GGAAUACAGAUUUAUUACAUCCAUACAGAUAGAUUUUCGUUUACUUAAGUCUCAAGAAAACAUGCUGAAAAAAUUUGUUUGGUUUUAUCAAUUCACACCUUAAAUCAGAAAAAAUAUACCAUAUAAAAUCAUUUGAAGCGCUUUUAUUCUGCUUGCUCUAGUUAAGCGGUCUUCAUCAUUACCCAGACACAGUGAUAUAAUUCAGGGGCUGUUUACAUAAUUUUUCCUAUCUUAAUUCGUUUGGCCCCAUUUUAAUGAUCGAAUCAAAGUCUUCUACCUCGUGAAGGUCUGUGGGGUCCCGAGCCAGGGUCACCAUGCCGCACACGUCCUAUCCCGCAUGGCAGCGGCUAGUGCGCGUGCGAGCGAUGAGGAGCUGGGCGAGACGAAAUUGACGGCUGAUCAUGGAUUCCAUCGAAUAAAACAGGAGGUGGUGUUUCCUUUGGUUUACUGCCGGGCCGUGAGCGAUAAGGAGUAUGUAGCAGGGUAUUACUUAGGAAACAACAACGAUGCUGUGAUCGGACUUGUUGAUCUGUUUUGGGUAGUUCACACGAUAGUUGCGUACCCCCAUUUCACUAACUGUAAGAAUGAAGCGAUAAACAUUCAGUGUGGAACAGUAGAUAUAAUUGAGAUUAUUAAAGACGGACACGUUAACAUCGAUAUGCUCACUCUUAGUUUUUUGUCUUCAAGUACGCGCGGCAGUCCUAGUGGCGAUGCGGAAUGGAAAGUUGAAGCUUAUACGACUGCAUUGGGCUAUUCAAGGCAUUUCAACUUCUGUCUAAAAGGAAAGGAAUACAUUGUGAUUUUUUUUACUGAGUCUGAUGAUGACGUAGUCUGUCCACGUCAAACACAAAGUUAUUUUUUAGCAAAGUGGUUUAAGAUAAAGUGAUGAAACUGAUAGAAACUCGAAAAUUAUAGAAAUCUAUUUAUAUCUUUGCAUUACUGAGAAGAAUCUGAGCCAAUUUACUUAAAAUUCCACUGUUGCUGACGUUAAUAUCCAUCAUGUUUCCUACCAAGUGAUUUAGAGAAUUUAAACGGUACGGUAAAACAGACAAUUAAGAUGAUAGUUCCAUCUGAUGACGAUGCCGAUGGGAACAAUUAGCUUUUUUUAUUUUAA